GUCAAGUUGCCCUAUCAGUGUCUGUGGGGUGAUCAAUUACGUCGGAGUGGAGCGGGGCAGUUCGAAACCUUCAACUUCAUUCAUGCCUUACACUCAUCUCAACGGAUCACAGAAAAGUAUCAGGAGAUAAACACCCACACCCCCUGUCUCUCUCCGUCCUCUCUCGCUCUCUCACAAACCCCACACAAUCCUCCACCAUGCCAACCCCUCCACCCCCCCAACACGAACAGAAAUCAGAGGAGCAGCCCUACGCGCCCGGCCACGCCGCCUCGCAAACCCAGCACCACGAGUGGCGCACCGCCGCCAACAGCGCCGCCCACCUCCUCCGCCACCUACCCCAGCCCACCACCACCACCAACCCCCAACAUCCGCAUCCUCCCCACCACCACGGUCACCACAUCCAACUCCUCGACGUCGGCGCCGGCUCCGGCACCAUCUCGGCCUCGCUCGCCCAGCACCUCGCCCCGCUCGGCGGCUCCGUGCUCGCCACCGACAUCUCGGACGACAUCCUCGCGCGCGCCGCCGCCCACGCCGCCGCCGUCGGCGCCAGCGCUAACAUGGCCUUCCGCCGGGCGUCGGUGCGCGCGCUGCCCUUCGCCGACGGCGCGUUUGAUGUCGUGCAUGCGCACCAGGUCCUGUGCCACCUGGCGGCGCCGGUGGAGGCGGUGAGGGAGAUGGUGAGGGUUUGUAAGGGUGGAGGUGGUGAUGGUGGUGGUGGUGGUGAUGGUGGUGGUGAAGGUGGUGGGGGUGGGUUGGUGGCGCUGCGGGAGUCGGAUCUGCACUCGUGGUGUGUCUGGCCCGAGACGGAGGGGCUGCGCAAGUUCCAUGCGCUGAUGGUGGCCACGCUCGUGGCGAACGGGGGCCAGGACCGGGGCGGGCGGCGGUUGCUGUCGUGGGUGCUGGAGGCGGGGGUGGAUAAGGAGGAUGUGGAGGCCGGGUUUGGGGCGUGGUGCUUUAGUACGGAUGGGGAGAAGCGGGUUUGGGGUGAGUCGAUGAUUUCGAGGCUGCGGACCGGGCAGAUGCGGGACAAGGGGCUUGAGAUGGGUAUUACGACCGUCGAGGACAUCGAGGAGAUGAUCAAGGCGUGGGCGGAGUGGAUUGAAACGGAGGGUGCAACGCUGGGGCUCAUGAAUGGCGAAGUAAUUGUGAAAAAGAAAUAAUUACGAUGCUAGGAAGAUGGGAAUGCAAAAGUAUUGGGGUUCCGGGUCAUGGUUUGCGUGGUAUAUUCUCGCCAGCAUAGUUCACUCUCGCGCGGUUGGCUCCAGCAAAGCUCCGGCCGCUUUAAGCAGGCUGGGUGAGCUAGGGGUAGGCCAAAGGAGGUAGCUCACCCUACUCUAUCGGUCGUGCGAGCUCGGGUGAACCGCAGGUGGUAAGGUACUCUAUCACUCCUCUAUCCGAUCAACUCGAGCCGCCGCUAUAUUCUUCAAUUUGAUCUUUGCCUACCAUGGAGAUAUCUGUAUUGUAUUAGCUGUAAAUAUGUCAAGGACCCGGUUACCCGUUGUUGUGCCCAACCCUCAGCUGAAGGGAUUUGAAAAGGUGUUCCUCAAGGCCGGGGAGAGGAAAAGAGCUACCAUGAAGGUGAAGAUGUAGGAUCUAGGGGUGUGGAAUUCAAGGAUGAAAUAUGUCCUUGAACCAGGCGACUUUAUGUUUACUUAUCGU